AUGUUUUACCAGCUUUGGGUUGUUCAUGGCCUCUACAAAGGCAGGGUGCUUCCCCUUGUAUACUGUCUCUUGCCGAACAAGCGCGAAGCGACGUACAAAAAAGCAACGCGCAUGCUACUUGAAGCUAUUGACGAUGCCACUUCAAGCCCACGACAGGUGCACACAAUAGUGAUGGACUUCGAAAAGGCUGAAGAGAAUGCUUUUCGGGAAUGCAUUCCUGACGUCGAUGUGCAUGGAUGCUUAUUUCAUUUCGCGCAAAGCAUCUGGCGCCGAAUUCAAGAGCUGGGCAUGCACACGCGAUUCAUUGAUGAUUCCAGCUACCACCUCAUCGUGAACAAAUUCAUAGCACUGUGCUUCUGUGAUGUUUUCGACGUCUGCGACAGAUAUCGCAUGCUCGCAAGACAGCUGCUGGACUUGUUUGGACGCACGGAACAGCACCAAGAGUUCCUAGACUACUUUGAGAAUACCUGGGUCGGUCGACCCCACAAGGACCCAAGGUUCCCAAUACCUAUGUGGAAUUGCAAGCGCGUGACAGAGGUCAGCCUUCCCAGAACCAACAAUAGCGUUGAAAGCUUUCACCGGGUAUUCCAAAAUUCUAUCGGUGCAUCCCAUCCUACAGUACUCAAGUUGCUGGAUGCGCUUCUCUCUGAACAAGUCCGUGUGAACGCGAUGGCCAUCCAGCUGGACGUGGGUCAUGAGCCACCGCUGUACACGAAGAAGGAGUACGAGCAGUCUAACAAGCGUCUAUGCCGGAUCCUGGAUGACUAUAACAACAGAGACGCAGACAGCUUUCUCAAUGCGUGCUCGUGCUAUGUACUUAGCGAUUCUUGA